ACGAAUAAAUAAAAAGAAGGAGGGUUGAAUAACAGAGUUUGAGAUUCAGAAAAAAUUCACAAAUCUCAUUACUCAUUUCCCAAUCAACGUGAAAUCAGGUCUUCGAAAAUCACUUUUUUCGAUACCUGAUUUCAUUUCAGUUAUCUAUCCUCCUUCUUCUUCUGUUUAUAACGCAACUAUAAAAUAACCAAACAAAACACAGAGAGGAAGGAGAAGAAGAAGAAGAAAAUGGGAUGCUCAUUCUCCGGCCUGAACGCAUUGUACGACUCGGUGAACGGCGGUGGUGACGUUUGGAUCAACGAGAAUCGAUUCCGCAUCGUCAGGCAGCUCGGUGAAGGUGGCUUCGCCUACGUCUUCCUCGUCAAGGAGGUGCCUAACGACUCUGCUGCCGGUGGCCUUGCUAAUAAGCUCAAACACUCUUCUCACAUCUCCGAUGACGGGAGUUAUGCUAUGAAGAAGGUCCUGAUUCAGAACAAUGAACAGCUGGAGUUGGUCAGGGAGGAGAUCCGCGUUUCGUCAUUGUUCAAUCAUCCCAAUCUGCUCCCGCUUCUUGAUCAUGCUAUCAUUGCUGUGAAGCGUACCCAGGAAACAUCAUGGACCCAUGAAGCUUACUUGUUAUUUCCGGUUCAUUUGGACGGAACAUUGCUAGACAAUGCCCAAACAAUGAAAGCCAAGAAGGAAUUCUAUUCUACCUCUGAUGUUCUUCAAAUAUUUCAGCAGCUUUGUGAAGGACUAAAGCAUAUGCACAGUUUGGAACCUCCAUAUGCACAUAACGAUGUUAAACCUGGUAAUGUUCUCAUAACACAUAGAAAAGGACAACCGCCUCUUGCCAUACUGAUGGAUUUUGGCAGUUCUCGUCCUGCUAGGAAGCAAAUUAGUUCCAGAUCAGAGGCGCUUCAGUUGCAGGAAUGGGCAUCUGAACAUUGCUCAGCUCCUUUCCGAGCUCCUGAGCUGUGGGAUUGCCCAAGUCAUGCUGAUAUAGAUGAGAGGACUGAUGUUUGGUCACUAGGAUGCACAUUAUAUGCGAUAAUGUAUGGUGUAUCUCCAUUUGAGUAUGCACUUGGAGAGUCUGGUGGAAGCCUGCAAUUGGCUAUUGUAAAUGCUCAGAUCAAAUGGCCAGCUGGACCUAAGCCUUCAUAUCCAGAAGCUCUUCGUCAGUUUGUGUCAUGGAUGCUUCAGCCCCAAGCUUUUAUGCGGCCCAGGAUAGAUGAUAUCAUUAUCCAUGUUGAUAAGUUGAUUGCAAAGUUUGCUAAUUGAGCUUUUAGGGAACAGUUGGUCAUGGUUACAUAUUGCUUUUGGUUUAAGAAUUCGCGUGCAUUUACUGUCCAGUUAUAUAUCAAUGGAUUGAAAAGCAGUGGUAGUUCCUUGGCUCAGAGUAAACCUCAUGUAUCCUUUUCGUUUUUGGUGUUAGCCUAGGUAGUCGGGUGUUGGGUUUAUUGAAGUAUUGUUUCUGUCAUUUCUACAUAAUUUUGACUCUUGUAAGUUAUGAAAGUGGCUGAUCUCCCUGUACCUUCCUCAGAAUUUAUACGCUUAAAUGGCAUAUCAUUUAUUUAUUGA